AUGUUUGUGCUUGUAUAUGUGGACGAUAUAAUAAUCACAGGGGAUUCAAAAGAGGCAAUUGACCAAGUGAUUCAGCAACUAAAUCAUAAAUUUGCUCUCAAGGAUCUGGGAGAUUUACACUACUUCCUUGGGAUUCAGGUAACCAAGACUGACGCUGGUGGUCUAGUUCUAUCCCAAGAGAGGUAUGUUAAAGACUUACUCAAAAAGGCAGAUAUAGAAAACUACAAACCCUGCCACACACCUCUUCCAUCCUCAGUCAAACUCUCUGCCUUUGGUGGUUCAGUCUUUCACAAUCCCAAGUUUUACAGGUCAGUUGUAGGGAGCCUACAAUACCUCACAGUCACUCGGCCGGAGCUAUCUUAUUGUGUUGGGAGACUCUCACAAUUUAUGCACACACCUCUGGAUGAGCAUUGGAAGUUGGUAAAGAGGGUGCUAAGGUACAUCAGUGGCACAACAAGCUUUGGGUUACAUUUACACAGAACAAGCCCUCACAACAUUGCAGCAUACAGUGACUCGGAUUGGAGAGGUGAUCUAGAUGAUAGAAAAUCAACUGGAGGAUUUUGUGUCUUUCUUGGAAAAAAUUUGGUGUCGUGGAGCUCAAAGAAACAAGGAGCUGUUGCAAGGUCCAGCACUGAAGCUGAAUAUAGGGCUAUGGCUGACUUAGUUGCUGAGUUGAUCUGGAUAAAGAAUUUCAUGAUUGAACUAAGAAGUCAACUUCAAGCAUCUCCCUUAAUAUACUGUGACAACCUUAGUGUAGUAUUGUUGGCGGCAAACCCAAUCCUACACUCAAAGUCAAAGCAUUUCGAGAUGGAUUUACACUUUGUUCGGGACUAUGUUACUAAACAAGCUGUUCAAGUCACUCAUGUUCUUGGAACUGUGCAGUUGACUGAUGUGCUAACAAAGUCACUGCCCAGUACUGCUUUUCUAGAGUCAAGAACAAAGCUAAUGGUAGAAGACUUGGAACAAUACAAAUUCCUCUCUGUCAGAUUCAAAGAAGAAGAUUCAAAGGAACAAGUGAACUCAAAACAAUAUGAGAAAGAUGAGACCAAAAACAGCAGUAAUAACAGCAGGAGUCAUAACGGCAAGAUAACUAAUGAGCAAAAUGAAUCUGUGAGCACCAAAAAUGAAGUUGAACAGCAGGGGUCAUGA